AUUUUAAAUUAAUAAUGAUUCUUUCAUUCAUCUUGCAACUGACGGCAUCCUAAAACCACGAAAAGGGACCAAAUCCAUCUUUGCCCUAAAAUUCUUGAUUAUAUCCCAACCCCAACCUCAACCCAAAAGAGACGAAUCUCCACCUAUAGCUGAUAGAAGAAGAAAUACGCCUCCUACCUGAUUUCAACCUGAAACCCUAAACUCUCUUUGAAUUUAAUACACCUGCUUGCUUGUAAAUUAUGGUCGAAGCUUUUCCGAUCUUUUGAUAAUCGACGUUCUUGUUUGGGUUGUUUCGAUCCGGGUUUAGGGUUUGGAUUUUUCGAUCCAAGAAACAGAAAAGGAAACAGGAGAAAAUGAGCAAUCAAAAGAAGAGGAAUUUCCAGAUAGAGGCGUUUAAACACCGGGUCGUGGUGGAUCCGAAAUACGCCGAUAAGACCUGGAAGAUUUUGGAGCACGCUAUCCAUGAGAUUUACAAUCAUAAUGCUAGUGGUCUCAGUUUCGAAGAGCUCUAUAGAAAUGCCUACAACAUGGUGCUCCACAAAUUUGGCGAGAAGUUGUAUAAUGGUCUGGUUGCUACUAUGACUUCACAUUUAAGAGAAAUAUCAAAAUCUGUUGAGGCUGCUCAAGGGGAUUCGUUCUUGGAGGAGCUGAACAGGAAAUGGAAUGAUCAUAACAAAGCAUUGCAAAUGAUCAGGGACAUAUUGAUGUAUAUGGAUAGAACAUAUAUUCCAAGUACGCAUAAAACCCCUGUUCAUGAACUUGGGCUUAACUUGUGGAGGGAUAACAUAAUACACUCCAGCAAAAUUCAGACAAGGCUUCAAAAUACACUUCUUGAACUGGUUCACAGGGAACGGACUGGUGAAGUUAUUGACCGAGGUUUGAUGAGGAACAUUGUCAAGAUGCUAAUGGAUCUAGGCUCUUCUGUUUACCAAGAAGACUUUGAGAAGCCAUUUCUUGAGGUUUCAGCCGAGUUUUAUAGGGGUGAAUCUCAGAAGUUCAUUGAGUGCUGUGAUUGUGGUGAUUAUCUGAAGAAAGCUGAGAAACGUUUAAAUGAAGAGAUAGAGAGAGUGACUCAUUAUUUGGAUUCCAAGAGUGAAGUCAAGAUAACUAAUGUGGUGGAGAAGGAGAUGAUUGCUAACCACAUGCUGAGACUAGUCCACAUGGAGAAUUCAGGCUUGGUAAACAUGCUUCUUGAUGAUAAAUAUGAAGACUUGGGACGGAUGUACAACCUGUUCCGCCGGGUUCCUAAUGGUCUUUCAACAAUAAGAGAAGUGAUGACUUCUCACCUCAGGGAGACUGGCAAGCAACUUGUUACUGAUCCAGAAAGGUUGAAGGAUCCAGUGGAAUUUGUUCAGCGUUUGUUGGAUGAAAAAGACAAGUACGAUAGCAUCAUAAGCAAUGCAUUUAACAAUGACAAGACAUUCCAGAAUGCUUUGAACUCCUCUUUUGAAUAUUUCAUUAAUUUGAAUGCUCGUUCUCCUGAGUUCAUUUCAUUGUUCGUGGAUGACAAACUACGCAAAGGUCUAAAAGGAGUUAGUGAGGAGGAUGUUGAGAUCAUUCUUGACAAGGUGAUGAUGCUGUUCCGCUAUUUGCAGGAGAAAGAUGUAUUCGAAAAGUAUUACAAGCAGCAUUUGGCUAAGCGGCUGUUGUCAGGGAAAACGGUCUCUGAUGAUGCGGAGAGAAGUCUGAUAGUCAAACUUAAGACAGAAUGUGGAUACCAGUUCACUUCGAAAUUAGAAGGCAUGUUUACAGACAUGAAAACCUCCCAGGAUACAAUGCAAGGGUUUUAUGCAAGCCACGUGGAGCUAGGGGAUGCACGGACACUGGUUGUUCAGGUUUUGACAACAGGGUCUUGGCCCACUCAACCUGGUGUUACAUGCAACCUGCCUGCAGAAAUGUCAGCACUAUGUGAGAAGUUCAGGUCAUAUUACCUUGGGACCCAUACUGGUCGGAGAUUGUCAUGGCAAACUAAUAUGGGCACAGCAGACGUUAAAGCAACCUUUGGGAAGGGUGGUCAGAAGCACGAGUUGAAUGUCUCCACUUACCAAAUGUGUGUUCUCAUGCUGUUUAAUAAUGCUGAGAGGCUUAGCUACAAAGAGAUUGAGCAGGCAACUGAGAUUCCUGCCGCAGACUUGAAGAGGUGCUUGCAAUCCAUGGCUUGUGUGAAGGGAAAGAAUGUUCUUCGCAAAGAACCCAUGAGUAAAGACAUUGGUGAGGAAGAUGUUUUUUUUGUUAAUGACAAAUUCACAAGCAAAUUCUAUAAGGUGAAGAUAGGAACUGUAGUUGCACAGAAGGAAUCAGAACCUGAAAAGCAGGAGACGCGGCAGAGAGUAGAGGAGGACCGGAAGCCUCAGAUAGAAGCUGCAAUAGUUAGGAUUAUGAAGUCGAGGAGGGUAUUGGAUCACAACAAUAUAAUCACUGAGGUCACAAAGCAGUUGCAGUCACGUUUCCUAGCGAACCCCACAGAGAUUAAGAAAAGGAUUGAAUCCCUUAUAGAACGAGAUUUCUUGGAGAGGGAUAGUGUGGACAGAAAACUGUAUCGAUAUCUUGCUUAAAGGAAUGGCUUGUUCAUGUUUCUCUUAUUCCGUGGGAUGGUUUAGAAUUGGAAAUUGGAAUUGUGACUUUGCAAGUGGAAAAUUGUUUUAGUUCCGCAAGUUUGUUGGAUUCAAUGAAUAUCCGUUUCUUUCUGUUCU